AUGCUGCGUUAUUGCGUAGUCUUCAGGGUGGAAAUGCUACGUUAUCGCUUUGUGUUCAGGGUGGACAUGCUACGUUAUCGCUUUGUUUUCAGGGUGGACAUGCUACGUUAUCGCUUUGUUUUCAGGGUGGAGAUGCUACGUUAUCGCUUUGUUUUCAGGGUGGAAAUGCUGCGUUAUCGCUUUGUUUUCAGGGUGGAGAUGCUACGUUAUCGCUUUGUUUUCAGGGUGGCAAUGCUACGUUAUCGCUUUGUUUUCAGGGUGGACAUGCUACGUUAUCGCUUUGUUUUCAGGGUGGAGAUGCUACGUUAUCGCUUUGUUUUCAGGGUGGAGAUGCUACGUUAUCGCUUUGUUUUCAGGGUGGAGAUGCUGCGUUAUCGCUUUGUUUUCAGGGUGGAAAUGCUACGUUAUCGCUUUGUUUUCAGGGUGGAGAUGCUACGUUAUCGCUUUGUUUUCAGGGUGGAAAUGCUGCGUUAUCGCUUUGUUUUCAGGGUGGAGAUGCUACGUUAUCGCUUUGUUUUCAGGGUGGAGAUGCUACGUUAUCGCUUUGUUUUCAGGGUGGAAAUGCUGCGCUAUCGCUUUGUUUUCAGGGUGGAAAUGCUGCGUUAUCGCUUUGUUUUCAGGGUGGACGUGCUACGUUAUCGCUUUGUUUUCAGGGUGGAGAUGCUACGUCAUCGCUUUGUUUUCAGGGUGGAGAUGCUGCGUUAUCGCUUUGUUUUCAGGGUGGAGAUGCUACGUUAUCGCUCUGUUUUCAGGGUGGAGAUGCUACGUUAUCGCUUUGUUUUCAGGGGCAAAGACAAGAGCAGCAAGGGCAACAAGGGCAUAGGCAAGUCCAAGAGCAGUGGUUACGAGGCAUCCUAUUCCUAUGCGCCGUCAGGCAAGGGCCGGUCCUCUGAUUGGUCCUAUCAGGUCCGCAAGGGUAGCUACGGCAAGUCCCAAAGCUGGGGAAGGCGCUCGGAUGACAACAGCAGCUGCUUGGAUGACCUGACGACUCAAGCGCCUCCCUUGUAG